CGUUUUGUGUCCAAGCCCUUGAUCAAUAUAGUUAUGUGGAGUCGUGGUCCCGUUCCGGAAGAGCGGAAAAUGCCUUGCUGAAUCAUCUCCGAGUGUGUGAGCAGAGGAGAAUUGAUACUUUUAAGAAGCCAAAUUGACUUGCAAACGUUGGUAUUAGUAAUCUCAGAUUUAGACGGUGGGAGGGAUCCGAAGCAAAGAAUGAAUCUGUCUAAUGAUUGGUGAUGGAUUACCGAACUUUUCUACCGGCUGACAUAUCAUAAUUGAUCACUAAACUUGCACCAUUUUUGUGGGACCACUGCCUCUCACUAAAGGUAUUAAUUAUAGCAUCAUCGUCCAAUCUGAUAUUGAAGGAGUUUAUUUUCUACAUUUAGCAGCAACUCAAUCAUCUUUUCACACAUUGGCUUCAGAGAACAAAAGUCUAUCAAAAUCUUUCCUCGAACCAUUACCAAAAGCUCGUAAUCAUGGCUGACCCCUCUCUCUACACCUAUCCUUCACCUCUUGAAGGCUAUGAGAACUUGGCCCCUCUUGGAACGGAAGUAUCACCUGAUGGAAAAAGCCUUUUGAACCCAGAGACUGGAAUUAAGAGCAAGAGUUAUGAGAAGUUCACGGAGCCUCUGGAUAGUGGAAUCCGGGGUGCGUUCGAUGUACAUAUCUAUCAUUUCCAGAAGAACAAGGAGCAAGCCAAGUUUGCUAGAGAGUUGUGGCAGAGGAUUAGAAGAGAAUUUCCAGAGCUUCGCAUCUACAGAUUCUGGGAAGAACCAAUUGGGCCUCAUGCUGUUGCGAUGUUCGAAGUGAAUCUCUUCACUCCGGCACAAUUUGGCGCUUUCAUACCUUGGCUGGUGAUUAACAGGGGACCGUUAAGCGCGUUAGUCCAUCCUAACACGGUUGAUAAGAAAGGAGAGUUGUUAGACGAAGAGAGAGACCAUACGCAGAGAGCGAUUUGGAUGGGAGAACAGCUUCCACUAGAUCUGAGUUUGUUCAAGAGGCUAAAGCAGCAGAAAGCUGCACAAUAGGAAGAUAUUGUUGGUCAGAUCUGAUGGGUAACAGGAAAUAUCUGUACAAAAAAGGUUAAUUUGUAAAAGGGCAAUGCGAAAGCAUUAAUGACACAAAGAAGAAUGCAUUUGGGUACCAUAUACUUCACCUGAACCACCAGUUCACGGAUGCGUUAAUUCCACUCUCUGAACUUCUUAUGCUAUGCCACCAUCCUUUUGGUAUGAACAACGCAUCCCCGGGCCCAACCUCGACCUCGAAACCCUGGUCUAUGACUUUUUCUCCCCAAACACGAUCCUCAAGUAGAGAUCUUUCUGGACCUUCCAUCAUCUCCUCACCUCUCAUGCUGGCAAUUCCCGAUGCACCAAUACUUUGUUGUACGUUAUGAUAUAUCCCUGCACCAACGGCUGGUGGAAACAAUCGGACCCUUUUCUUGCUCACCAGCUGUAUAAAAAGAUUCGGAUUCGGAUCUUUGUGUAAUGGUGUAUAACUUGUUGAUAUACCCAUCCAUACAUUGGCAUCGUAAACAUCGCCUUUCCCGGCCUCUUUCACCAAUUUGGGUGUAGGCAGGUCUCGUUGUAUUUCUGUCGGCAGAUCCGCUAUUUGAGCCUGUGCAAUGUAGAGCGGGAGAGAGCAUUCCGGAUGAGUAGCUGAUAGAAAGAGAGAGAAUGGUGCAUAGAAAUGGUAGAAUGACUUUUUGGAAUCGUAAGGCUCUAGUGAUUGGCGUAGUUGCUCCGAAAACAUCAUGUGGUGUGUAUUGCUGGGCUGUAUAAGCCGCUCGAGUCGCUUUCGUAAGGCGUCAGAGUCGACUGUCAAUUCGUAAGGGAGGACAGUGUCUGCGAAGCUAUGGAGAUAUUGCGAUGGCAGAAGAGUGCUAGUCUCAGUAGGUGGAAGGGCUUUUGCAAAUUGUGACGAAGGAAUGGGUUUGAACCAUUUCGCAACUAUAUCUAUAGACUUUUUCCUCUCUGAGCUCGUUGAUGAUUCGUCUUCCACGGAUUUUAUGAAUAUAGGCUUCAUGGGAAUGAAGGCUUCUUGUCUGAAUUCAUCUAGGUUGACGUUGUCAAAAGAGGAGUUGAUUGUUUGAACGGACGGUAAAUUGUGGUAUUUGCGCAUGGCAAUUGGCGAAGAGAAUGCUCGUUUGCAUUUUGUUGUUUGAAGUAUUGUAUUGAUUAGACGCAAUCGCAUAUUGUGUGGUUGAUGGUCUAAUGGUUAAUUACCAUGCAGUUGAAGAUUGACAUUUUGUUUGUAGGGAUGACCUUAGCACAGCACUGCACUUUGCGGCCAGUGCACAGUGCACAGUGUACGAUGAUUGUAAGGGUAAG